UCAUCCCGUUACACCGGAUGAGGAAAUACGGUCUAAACGACAAAUGUAAAUCUCAACCAUUAUUACACCUACGCACCAAACGAGGUACAAAUGGUGGGAAAAAGAAAGGUGCUGUAUUUUUGUGAAUGGAAAUGAAAAAUUUAUGGAAGUGGUUAAUUAAACUAUCCAGCAUCGCCUUGACCAUUGAAGGUGGCGAUUUGGGUACCUGUAAAUUGGAGAAGGAUGGUAGCUUCAGAUACAAGCUUUCACUCAUAACAAAUAAAUGGAAGCAUGUUUCUUUCAAAGUUUCUUCUGUACGUUUUGAUGGAGGAAAAGAUUAUAUCCUCAACUGUGACUGGAUAUACCAAAAUUUAAGCUGUGAUGUUCAGCCUGGAUCCAGUUAUGAUGAACUUGACGACACGCAUUUCGUUGUUCAUAUAAAUUCUAGUCCUUUUCAGGAAGAUGGUGGGAAAUACAUCGUUUCUUUUGCCGGCGAAGGUCCUGUCAAUUGUGAGCCCGCACAAGAUAUAAUAAGAUUAUUCAGCAACAAGACAAGACCAGAACCCAGGACAUGCGAAGAUACCAUCUUCUCCUGGCCUUUACUUCUUUUUAUGUCUACUGGCCCAUUGCACAUUAAGUGUCUUCUGCGAUGAUUCAAAAGAAAGGGAUUUUACCUUACCUAAUGGAAAUAUAAGCUUGGAUUGUCCCC